AUGUAUAUACUCCUAUGUAACAUGUCUGUAUUGGAUAUGUCCUUCACAUCAAUGGUUCUACCAAAGUUGUUGGACAUCUUUCUGACUGGAAACAAUGUCAUCUCCUAUGAGGGUUGCAUCACUCAGGUCUUCUUCUUUGUGGUGCUCAUGGUGUCUGAAUACUUCAUUCUAGCUGCAAUGGCCUAUGAUCGUUACGUGGCCAUAUGUCAUCCUUUACAUUAUUCUUAUUUCAUGAGUCUACAAGCUUGUUUCUGGAUAUUAUUGACAUCUUGGAGUAUCGGAGUCUUUGAUGGCAUUCUAUAUGUCAUUCUAAUAUCGUCUUGUACAUUUUGUAGGUCAAAUAAAGUAGACCAUCUCUUCUGUGAUAUGAAGCCUCUAAUGAUGCUUUCUUGUAGUGACACACAUACUAUAGAGAUGUUAAUACUUGGACCAAGUGCCAUUAUUGGCUUUGUCAAUUCAGUCAUGACCUUGGUGUCCUACAUGUAUAUCAUCUCAACUAUCUUAAAGAUUCACUCUAAAGAAGGAAGACAUAAAACCUUCUCCACCUGCUCCUCACAUCUCACAGUCAUCCUCUUGUUUUAUGGGACGGUCCUUGGCAUGUAUAUGAGGCCAAAGUCCAGCUAUUCCAUGGAACAGGAUAAAGUGUUUGCCAUUUUGUACGCAGGAGUCAUCCCGAUGCUGAACCCUCUCAUUUAUAGCUUGAAAAAUCAGGAGGCUAAGAAAGGUCUGCGUAGACUAAUUAAACAAAUCCUUCAAUAA